CAAAGACAGAAGAAAAAAAAGAAAAAAUAAGUAGAGACCAUCCAUUAAGGAAAACACAAUGUUUCAACUCAAGACAAUCCUCACCCUCCUCCCCAUCUUCCUAACAUCUACCCUCGCCGCCCCCUCCCCCAACACCCACACCCCCUCUGAAUCCCGCUCCGACUCGAAAUGCGUCUACUACUGCGGCAGCCACUGCUACUGGGCGAGCGACAUCAGCAAAGCGCAAGCAAAGGGGUACUCCUUACACGAAGAAGGGCGAACAAUCGACGACUACCCGCACGUGUACCACGACUACGAAGGGUUCGAUUUCACCGUCUCGGGAACAUACUACGAGUACCCGAUUCUGGAUGACUACAAGGUCUAUGAUGGGGGUUCUCCUGGUGCGGAUCGGAUUAUCUUUAAUGGGGAGGAUGAGUUUGCGGGAUUGAUUACGCAUACCGGGGCGGAGGAAUAUGAUGGGUUUGUGGCGUGUCAGGCUGUUUAGAUUGUCUAUUUAGUUGGUUUGUGUGGGUGAGGGGGGCUGGGGGAGGGGUGAGAGAAUGAAAAGUGUUUUUUGAUUGAUUAAGGGAGAAC